AUGCCGCUUCCCAAGCGGAACGACAAGGUGCUUCGCUCUCUGGCGAGGAGCGUGGGGAGGCUGAGCCAGUUCUUCGAUGACAAUCAGGUGUGGAAGAGUCUGCUCUCCAACGUGUAUCGCUAUGAAAAUGAAAGGUGCUCCAAGUACAACGAGUUUUUAAAAGCAUUUUUAAAUAACAGCGUGCAUUACUGCCCGACCAAAUCUAGUAAGAAGAAGUUGAGGGGUGAACUCAUUAAAUAUUUGAGAGAAAAUUUGAAGAGUGGAGGGAAGGAGUCCACGGAGGAUGUGUUCCUCGUUGGGUUUACUGCCAUUCGACACCUUGGGAGAGUUAAAAAUUCGUUGCUGUUGGCGCUGUCGUCUACGGGGAAUCUGCCUGCAACGCAGAGGUACAACAGCAGGGUGGGUGUGCCGAACAGGAAGAGCAUAUGGCACUGUGAUGAGGAAAGGGACUUGUUUAAGAGGAACUUUCGCGUGGUGAAUUUUGGCGCGGCGGAGCAGGGGGACUUGCCUGGGGAGGGGCCCGGCGGCAAGGGGAAGCGGCGCGCGGGGGGAGGCGCCAUUGGCCAGGUUACAGAAGUGAGCGGGGUUUGCGGCGUUGGAGAGGUCAGCGGGGUCAGCCAUGUUAGCGACGCUUGCGAGGCGGAACGGGCGGGCGUGCCCGCGAAGAGAACCAAGGGAAGCAUCGUCUUGAAGAAGCCCAACCACAAGCAGGAGAUAAAGAAGGGGAUGAUCCUCGUGGCCCACCCCCUGACGUCCAGCACCCUGUGGAACCGAUCCAUCAUUCUAAUCACGCACAGGGACAAGAGCAACCUGGUGUGCGGCAUCAUUUUGAACAAGCACCCCUUAUACAGCAGCUACAUGGGAAUGGCCAACGACAGGGAUGUCGUAAACAUAUUAAAUAGGCUCUACUUGAAGAGGCGAAAGUUUCUGAGUGAGUUCGCCGAGGGGGUUAAGCCGGGGGGUGCGGCACGCGGUGGUGGCGGCGUUGACGGUGGUGUUAGUAGCAGCGUUGACGGUGGUGGCGGCGUUGGCGGUAGUAGCAGCGGUGGUGUUAGUAGCAGCGUUGCCGAGGUGGCCAAGGCGACGGGAGAGACUCUACCGGUGGAAGGAACGCCGCAAGGUGGCAGCCCCCCAAGCGAUGCAAACCUCGUGCAAACGGAAAAGGAGAAGCAGCCACGAAAGGAAGGCGAAGAAGAAGGCCUCGUCCUGCUGCAGAAUGAGUGCAUCUCAAAGGAAGAAGAGAAGAAUGCCAUCGAAAAAAAAUACCAAGUGGAAACGAGGAGGGAGUCUCAAUGCGAACACCAAAGCAGUGGUGAUGAGUUCCCAACACUAAAGGAUCUACAGGAAAUGUUUUUGAGGAUUCAGUUUAGGAGCUCUUCCAAGCAUUAUGCCAGCAGGCAGAGGAGGCAGAGGAGCGUCCCCGCUGGAGAGGCAAGUGCUUUAGGCACCCAUGGCAGUAGGAAGAACAGUCUCUUCGUUAUGAUGGACGAGCACCUGCUUGACAUUAUCACCCACUAUAUUAUUAAACUGAACAAGGUCCCCAUCUACCUCAGGUUCCUCCCCUCCUACAACAUAGGGUCCCUCAUCGAUAUAAAGAAGGAGAUAAAGAAGUUGCAGUUUCUAAAUGAAUUUUAUAAAAUUUAUUUUGAAAAAUAUAACAAGUGGAAAGUCGUUGUGGUGAAUAAUCGCAUUCAUAUUUUUGACAAAGAGAAAAAAAAAAAAAAAAAAAAAUUCCCCCAGGUGGGUGUGCACGGUAAGCGGGAGGUGGAGGAGGGCGAAGCGGAGGAUGUGGAAGUGCAGGAUGUGGGAGCGGAGGAGGGGCGGGGAGACACGGAAAAGACGAAGCAGACGCGGAAGCUCACCGAGGAGGAGAUACAACAGAUUCACAGGAAAAUUAAGAAAUUCCAGGAGACCAAUCAGUUGGGCGAUGAUGAGGAUGAGGGGGACGAGAGGCGUUGUGAUGGAGGUGCUGACGGGGGUGGGGGAGGCACUGGCCGUGGCAAGCGCAAGGAGAGGCAGAAAGGACAGAGGAAGAAGGGCGACGGGAGGAAAUCGAUGGGCAGGUCCGGCGCUGUGCAGCAACUGGAGGGCGCAGAUGUGGAAGCGGGGGAUGAGCAGGCUGUAAGUGACUAUGAAGAGGAGGAAGAGGAGGCAGAAGAGGAGGAGGAAGAAGAAGACGAUGAUGAAGAAGACGACGAUGAUGAGGAAGACGACGAUGAUGAGGAAGACGACGACGAUCAGGAAGAUGCCGAUGAGGAAGAUGCCGAUGACAGUGGCCAGGAGGACGAAGUGGAAGAGGAAGCCCACCAAAGUGGAGGGAGCGGCGCGCGAGGCGGACUCACCCCAGUGAGCAAAGCCAAAGUGGAAGCAACCGUCAAUGGGGGCGAUGCGGGCAAAAAGAACCACCAGGAGGGGACCCCCCUGGAGAGGAACCCCCUGGCGAGGAACCCCUUGAGCUUCUUCUGGCUGGGAGGACCCCUGCCCGGGCUGACCAUCCUCCACAACAUAAAGAAAUUUUCCAAAAAUACAGUGGUGAAUGAUUUUAUCUACGAGGGGUACAACGAGAGCGUCAACCUGGUGAGCGAAGCGGGAGCGGCAAAUGAAGUGGAUGCCGCUAACGAAGUGGGUGCCGCUAACGAAGUGGGUGCCGCUAACGAAGUGGGUGCCGCUAACGAAGUGGGAAUCGCUAAUCAAGUGGGUGCCGCUAACGAAGCGGAAAACAAACUCGUUAAGCGAUUCAUCGGGAAAGCCACCUGGGAUGUGAAUCAGCUGAUGGACGAGCUGAAGAAUGACUACUGGAUUGCCCUCAACUGCGACAGCAAGGAGUUGCUCUCCCGCAUUAUCUUUAACACCGCAACGAGUGGAAGCGGCGCUGCUGGUAGCGUGUACAGGGGGGAGUUCCUGUGGGAGAAAAUCGUGGCGUCCAUAAACAGCGACUACGAGAGCAUUUCGAAGAUCCCCCAGAGCGUCAUAGACAGCGUGCUGCGCGAUUUCAGGGGCGUGGAGAGCGACUAG